AUUAAAGUGUCAGCAAGAUGGAACCAAUUAUAACGUUGCACAGUCAGCAUAUGUGGCUACCAUUGGAUCUGCCUUGGCAUCAAACGGUGAUUUGGAGGUUGGCGAGAGGGUUUUGUUCGUCACUUUCUCCGAGUCAAUAGUGAAUGAGAAGGAACCCACAGAGUUAUCAGCCGUCUGUAUGUAUUCCAUCAAGAAGAUCAACGAACAGUUCAACAGUCGAAGGAAGGAUUGUGCACUUGGACAGACAAGUAAUGCCAAGAUCCCUUGGCUUCCUAACACAGAAUGUGCUGAUCAAGCAAGCCCUCUCCGGGCUCUUGUGGAUAUGAUCGAUGAAGAAGGUACUGAGUAUUGCCAUCAACAGGAUUUCCUUUACCCGCUUGGUGGCAACACACCCAUUGCAGCAGAGGCAAUCUACACUGACAGUUCCAUUCUGUCUGCCAUUGCUGUCACUGCACAUCUCGAAGAGACUGUCAUCUUCCUUGGAGAUCAACUUGGCCAUCUGAAAAAGUUGUGGUUCAAGUCACCCACAGAAGCUGUGCUGUACGAGGAGGAGGCCAUACUUGAUGAAUCACGGCCUGUAGUCAGGAAUGGCAUCAAGUUUAGCCCGGAUAAGAACUUCAUCUACUUCAUGACAGAACGGAAGAUCCAUAAGAUUCCUGUGGAGGACUGCUCCACUCACACAACCUGUGAGGAUUGCCUGGGAAUCGGCAACGGUGUCGGUGACCCCUACUGCGGCUGGUGCUCCCUCCAAAAGAGCUGCACAAGACGGAGUCAGAGCGAGUGCGUCGGGUCAGAGGACCCUUCCAAUCUGCGCUGGCUGGGGAAGCUGGACCAGUGCAUUGCCAUCUUAUCUGUGGACCCGCCCAACACACCCAGCAGCGGAACGCAAGAGCUGACACUAACUACCAGGGGUCUACCCCAGCUGGACCCAGCCAGCAGCUUCAUCUACAAGUGCAAGUUUGGGGAUCUCGCUAUGCAGCCAGCCACGUUGGAUUUUGCCAACAAUGCCUCCAAGGUCCGCUGCUACACACCCCCCCUUGACCAGCUUCCGGCAGUCCAAGGUUUCCUGCGUGUGGAUCUCUCCAUCCUUGCCACGGAGACCAGCCUGGACAUCGUCAGCACCAACUUUGACUUCUACGACUGCAGCACUUUCACCAGCUGCACAGCCUGCGUGGGUAACGAGUACAGGUGCGACUGGUGCAUCUUUGAGAACCAGUGCAUGGGACAUUCCUCGUCCUGUGACGCUGACGGUAUCAUCACCAAACAACAGCAGGGUGUGCCUAAUGGGGAGAUGGCCUGCCCUCGUAUUGUGAAUGACGGCAAUGAGAUUCUCAUUCCAGUGGGAGUCAGCACCAGCUUCGGUGUCGCUGCUGCAAACCUGCCAUUACCCAAGGGAUUUUUGCAGUAUCAAUACACCUCGGAUGUCAAUGAUUUGCCAGUGGUUCUAACAGUGGAGUGGAAUGACAACUACAAAAUUGACAAUCCUGAUGACCUCGCUGUUAACCUGUACAAGUGUGAGGUGAAGCGUCCCAAUUGUGGUGACUGCUUGGCCGGACCUGACAAGUACCGGUGCGGAUGGUGUCACGCUGACGGUGCGACCACAGGUGACACAUGCAGUCUGCAGUCAAAGUGCGACAACAGCUGGUUGAGUGGGGAGGCACUCUGUCCCGAUGCCUUCAUCACGGAUUUCUCCCCCAAGAGUGGCUACGUGAGAGGCGGCACCAACCUGACCAUAACCGGUAUCAACCUUGGACAGAAAGCGGAGGAUAUUCGCAGCGUGACUGUGGCGGGCACAGUCUGCACUAUCGAACAGAGCGGCUAUAUUGUGGCAACACAAGUUGUAUGCUACACCCAGGCCUCUGGUGAAAAGGAAGGAGAGAUAGAGAUUGUGAUUGGGAGCGGAAAUCAGAUGGACGCUGAAGAAACUGUCACGGCUCGAUCUGAGGAACCAUUCAGAUAUGUGGUGCCAGAGCUGACAGCUGUUCAGCCGUCAUUUGGCCCAGUGUCAGGAGGGACCAGUAUUACCAUCACUGGCAAUUAUCUGGACGCUGGCCAAGAUGUCAUCACCGUGGUGGGUGGACCGGAAUGCAAACUCAUCAGGCGAUCAUUAAACGAGUUGGUAUGCAAGACGCCCAACAGCGCUGUGGGUAUCAGUCAGGCCUCAGUACAAAUGCUCUUUGAUGGGGAGGCAAAUGAUGCCAGCCUUAAUUUUGAAUACAGGCAAGAUCCUGCGAUCACCGGUCUGAAUCGAUACAGAAGCAUAAAAAGUGGUGGGUUGGAUAUCAAGGUGGAGGGGACCAACCUGGAUGUGAUACAGAACCCCGAAAUACAGUUCACCAUCAACAACAAGACCAAGUUGACUUUGGCCUGCAACGUUCUCAGCCAGGCCGAAAUGAUCUGCCCCUCGCCGGACGUCAGCCCCUAUGCCGUCCAGGCCGUGCCCAAGGCCAACUACGGCUUUGUCCUGGACGGCGUCCAGAACUNUCACCUCCCUGAAGGACUUGACCACGGUCCAGCCCUUAAGUUUUUCCCGGACCCCGUCUACUACAAGUUUGAUGACCAGAAAAACAUCCGGAAGUUGAAGCUUGAUCAGACACUCAUCCUGGAAAUACAAGGUGAGAAUCUGACCCUUACCUACAAGGAGGGGGAUGUCAAUGUGACCAUUGGUGACGCAGUCUGCAAAGACGUGACCCUGAUUGCCACCACACUGACAUGCUCCCCGCCAACUGAACAACCGCAGAGCAAGACGGGAGCAGAAUUCCCUGAAGUCGUGGUGUACCAUGGCAACCGCAAUUUCACCAUCGGUCAGGUGGAGUAUGUCGGAGAGGACUUCUCGGUCUACAUCCUGAUUGGAGCAGCCGUCAUCAUCGUCAUUUUGAUCAUCAUAAUCAUCUUGUGCAUUUCCUACCGCAAGGCCUUUGCCAAUGACACCAUCGUGAAGCAGAUGGAGGCCCAACGAGACCAGCUGGAGCUGCAGGUGGCCCAGGAGUGCAAAGAAACCUUUGCCGAGCUGCAGACAGACAUGACGAUCCUUACCGGUGAUCUGGAGGCUAUACCUUACCGAGAGUACCACUUGUACUGUGUCAGGACGCUCUUCCCCGACCAGCCCAACCACUGCGUGCUGAGGGAGCUGGCACUUGCAGGGGCCAGCAAGAGCCGUAUCGAGCAGGGCCUGGUCCAGUUUGAGCAGCUGGUCAACAACAAGCCCUUCCUGCUGACUUUCAUCCGGACGCUUGAGGCCCAGAAGGGCUUCACCCAGAAGGACAAGAGCAACGUGGCCUCCCUGAUCAUGGUGGCCCUGCAGGGCAAGAUGGACUACUCCACGGCCAUCCUGAAGGUGCUUCUCAAGGACCUGAUUGAGAAGCACGUGGAGAAGGACCGCGCCCGCCUCCUCAUGAGGAGGAACGAGUCGGUCGCUGAGAAGAUGGUCAGCAACUGGCUGUCUUUCCUGCUGUACAACUUCAUCCGGGAGACGGCUGGCGAGCCGCUCUUUAAGCUUUUCUACGCCAUCAAGCAGCAGAUGGAGAAGGGGCCCGUAGAUGCCAUCACUGGAGAGGCCCGCUACGGGCUGAGCGAGGUCAAGGUCAUCCGACAGCAAAUCAACUACACGCUCAUGACGGUCAAUGCCAUCGGUCUGGUCAAGGAUGCUGAGCCCGUCCAGGUCAAGGUCUUGGACUUUGACACCAUCUCCCAGGUCAAGGAGAAGAUCCUGGACGUGCUGUACAAGACGCUACCUUACAGUCACAGGCCGCCCAAGGAGGAACUGGACCUGGAAUGGCGAGAGGAAGGAAAGAUACUGCAAGAUGACGACAGCAAGACUGAGGGAGAGUGGAGGAGACUAAACAUGCUCUGCAACUACCCAGGGCUUGGUGAUGGUGCAACGUUAGCGCUGGUACCCAAGCAAGGCUUCAUGUCAGUUUACUCCAGUUCCAAAUACAUGGCCAUGCCAUCAGCCAAUAGCCCCGCCCGCUCCGUGACCACGCCCAUGCUGUCGCCGGACGUGGACGUCAACGGCACCAAGCUGUGGCAUCUGGUCAAGCCGUCCGAUUCGGAGUACCACAAGUCUGGGGACAAGGUCCACAAGAUGAUGGCAGAGAUCUACCUACCGAGACUGCUGACCACUAAGGGUGUACUGCAGACGUUCGUGGACGAGCUGUUUGAGAUGAUCUUCAGUGUCAACCACCGCGGCAACACCUUGCCCAUCUGCAUCAAGUAUCUCUUUGAUCUCCUUGACGACCAGGCCAAGCACCACAACAUCCAGAACCAGGACGUGGUGCAUUCCUGGAAGAGCAACAGUCUACCACUGAGGUUCUGGGUUAACCUCAUCAAGAACCCCAACAUCAUCUUUGACAUCUACAAGUCGGAGACGGUGGACGCCUGCCUGUCCAUCAUCGGCCAGACCCUGAUGGAUGCCUGCUCAGUCGCUGACCAUCCUCUGACCAAGGACUCCUCGUCCAGUCGGCUGUUGUAUGCCAAGGACAUACCCAAGUACAAGAAAUGGGUUGCUAGGUACUUUGAGGACAUCCGAGCCAUGCCGGCCAUCAGUGAUCAGGACAUGAGUGCAAUGCUUGCUGAACAUUCCCACGCCCACCAGUAUGACUUCCACACCAGCACCGCCCUCAACGAGCUCUACUUCUACUAUGCAAUCACCUACAAGAAACAGAUCAUUGAAGAGCUGGAAGAGAAUGAUUAUCCGAACCUGGCUGAGAAGUUUCGAGCGCUCUGUGAGCAGCUCAACGACACCUUGUAGAGAAAUGGUCAGCAGCCUAACCAUGGAGAUUGAAGAAGAGACUUCCUGAGGAGAGAUUAGAUGGAGUCCAGUGAGUGUCACCGUAUCCAGGACACCAGGCCUGUCACCUGGUGCUCAUGCCACUCAAAUCACUCAGCUGCUAAAGGCCAUUAGGUGGUGAUGAGUCUCGGUGUAAAACUCGAAGCAUACCUGUGUACUGACUCAGCGAUCAGGGGUAGUGUUAAGUGGCUUUUAUUUGUCCAAAUCUUCAGGAAUGCUGUUUUAGCAUCGCUUGCGAUUGGCAAAAGUUUUCAUCUGUUGCUCAUUCCGAUGGGAAAUUCACGUGGGGAAUAAAAAAUUAAUCUUUCAUAAAAGGAAUGAUAAUUGUUCAGUGCAUUGUGUGUAAUAAUCCCGUUCUUUUUUGUUUUUGUGAUGGUGCUUUUUUGUGUUGCCAUAGAUACUAAAAAAAGUAAAAUUGAAUGACAUUGAUGCAGUGUGUUUGUAACAUCAAGCCUUUGUUGUGUCCAAAGAAUUAGCGUAAAAAAUAACGAGUGUGUUUUUGUGACCAAGAACUAAUCUGAAAUGUAAAGGAAUGACUGUCUACUUAGAAUGACUGUCUCACUGCGAGCGUAAAAUAUUUUUUCAUUACAGUCGAACUAUUUACACCCUACUGAUAUCCUUGGCUGUUGGAGAAGGGAACCUUUGUGUAUUUCUUUUUUUACUUUGUGACUGUCUUGUGUAAUUUAACAACAAUGCAAUAAUCCUCUUCCUUUUUCUUAACGAGACAGUUUUACGGCAGUUUGAAAGGAACUGCCUUUUUUGAUGUCAGUCACUUUCAGGAUUGAAUUUUUUUUCCAGAAUAUUUUUGUUGGAAAAAAAAAAUCUGCUUUUGUAAAAACUGCGGUACAUACCACCGAUAUUGGACAGAAACGUUUGCAGUUUGAAACUCUAACUUAAACAUUCAGUGCACGUCUGUCCUUGCGAUGCAGGGUUGUUCAACAACUCCCUCCCCUGGUGAAGGGCAUAACACCGGGCGUUUAAUAGACUCUGCCAAUUAGUUGGGCGUGCAGACUGUUGAAACACUGAUUCUUAGCUCGGGGUGAGCACAGAGCUGAGCAUGGAAAAAUCGUCCCUGCUCGGGUUGGGGGAUGAAAGAGAAG